AUGAAACUAGUGGUAUUGGCAGAUGCUGAACUCCCCAGAAUAACAAACAAACCAGGCCCCAAGUCUAAGACUAGACGUGUAUUUACAAAUAAUGAGGUUAUUGCAAAGUACAUAGCGACUCAACAAAAGCUUAGUCCUGGGGAUAAUAAAAAACGAAAGUACUCGAAUACUAACAAAACUGGAACUUCCAUUGGGGGUGUUUCCAACACUGGGAAUACAUCAAAGAAUAUACCACUUUAUGAUAUCGCUAGUGAUAGUGAUAAUGAUGAUCUAUGUUUAGGUGAUGGUAUUACUAAAAUAAAAACUAUCAAUACUAAACAAGAGGACAUUUCUCCUUCCACUUCAAAUGUACAACUAUUAAAAGACGUAGACUAUGAAAACAUUACAAAUGUUGAUGGUGGAGCUCCAGCACAACAAAUUGCCGACAGAUCUUCUUUGUUAGAAGCACCAGCUCAAAGCGCGCAAAGUACAAAGAAAACUCCAAUGUUGGAAGCAGCGAAUCAAAGCGUUCAAGAUACAGAGGAAACUCCAAUGUUGGAAGCAGCGAAUCAAAGCGUUCAAGAUACAGAGGAAACUCCAAUGUUGGAAACAGCAGAUCAAAGCGUACAAGAUACAGAGGAAACUUCAAUGUUGGAAGCAGCAGAUCAAAGCAUACAAGAUACAGAUGAUACUCCAAUGUUGGAAGCAGCAGAUCAAAGCAUACAAGAUACAGAGGAAACUCCUAUGCUGGAAGCAGCAGAUCAAAGCAUACAAGAUACAGAGGAUACUCCAAUGUUGGAAGCCGCAGAUCAAAGCAUACAAGAUACAGAGGAUACUCCAAUGUUGGAAGCAGCAGAUCAAAGCAUACAAGAUACAGAGGAUACUCCAAUGUUGGAAGCAGCAGAUCAAAACGUACAAGAUACAGAGGAAACUCCAAUGUUGGAAGCAGCAGAUCAAAGCGUUCAAGAUACAGAGGAAACUCCAAUGUUGGAAGCAGCAGAUCAAAGCAUACAAGAUAUAGAGGAUACUCCAAUGUUGGAAGCAGCAGAUCAACGUAUAUAAAGUACAGAUGAAACUACUAUGCUGAAAACAGCAGGUCAAAGCAUAAAAGUCAUACAAUUAUAUAAUAUACUAGUAGUAAAGUAGAUUGCAAAUUCUUUAAGUGCAUUUUAUUUUAUUUAUUUUUAAGAUUGCUUAUGCUUUUACUUUUAUUUUAUUUAUAUUAAUUUAUUAUUAGCAAGUAAAUUAUUUGACACUUCCAGAUCAAAAUGGAUAAUAAAUUUUUUUAUCAAUACAAAUCAGUGCCCUUCAUUACUUAAUACACUGACUUAUCAACACCUAUUCUUAGAACCUAGAAACUUGACAUUUUAAUGGUAUAUAUAUUACAUAAUGUAGGAGUAAUUAAGAAAGAAUUUUUACAAAUUCCCUCUUUAAAUGGGUGCUUACACACAGGCUACUCUUAUGGGGCUAUUGUAGUUACUACUUAAAUAUAUGCCUAAACAAGUUGUUGAAUAACUGUUAUUUUAGAAGUAUCUACUAUCCACUUGCUUCCUUCAGAGGUAUAAAAGUUUUAUUAUUUUUCUCAUGUACCAGGUGAUCCAUUGAAGUAGUUAGAUUUAUUAUCUCUGAAAGUAUUAACUUUUUCCGAAAUUUGUUUUCUAGACAUUUAAGAAACAAGCUGCUCUAUAAUUUUAUAUUUAUGUUAUUUUUUCGCCCUUAUUUUUCGGGGUAAAACCACUACCUACUUGUGAUUUUCAAAUGGCAGUCUAUAUUAAAAAGUCAAUAAAUAGAUAGAAGAUAAAUUAAAAUAAAUUUUAAAUUUAAAAUGUUGAAAUUUUUGAUUUGUGUCAAACUGUUGACAAAAUAUUUCACUUUUAAGUUUGGGUUAGAGGAGUAUAGUGGAGUAUCAUUUGUGUGGCGCACCCCUACUUAUCUAUUAAUAUUAUUGGUAAGAAGACAAAAAUGUAUUAUUUACACAGGUGAGAUUGUUCUUAAAUAAAUUUAAUUUUGUUUUAUUGAGUUCUGAUUUUUAGAUAGGAUGAUUAAAAGGUCUAAUAAAUUAUUAUAGUUAUAACUUACAACAGUUAUAAAAUACUCGAAAUGCAUUUAUUUUUCAAUAUUACCAUUUUCUGUACAUAUAUAAAUUAAAAAUAAUUUAUUGUACAGCUUAUUAUUUAUUAAUAAUAUUGAAAAAAGAAAAUUAUACAAUAUGUACAUUAGUAAUAUUGAAAUGUGUGUACCUAAAUAAAAAAAGUAAAAAUUUAAGAUUUAGAUAAAUGCAACAAUUUAUAAUAAAUAAGUGCAUUAUAGAAUUAAUAUCAAUACCUUUGUAUAACUAAUUUAAAUACCCAAUUGAAAUAAAACAAAUUACAUUAAGAUAAUUUCAAAACGAAUUUAAGAGUCUUACCCAAAUGGAUUUGGUGAUCUCUUCAUUUUAAAUAGGGGAAUCUCAGAAAUUGAAAUAGGUAAGUAUUAUAGUAAAACUAGGAGAUCAAUUAUUUAGAACUACAUAUUCCAGAUGGAAUUUAAUUAAAAAGCAAUAAUUUAUAAUGCAAGUGGGAUUUAAACAUUGAGUAACUAUAAUUUUUACUUUAAUUAAAUUUAAUUUGGAGAAUUAAUUUUUAUUUCAUAAAUAUGAUAUCUAAAUUAUAAUUUAGUAUCAAAGUUAACGACUAAUUUAAUAAACUAUGGUUUAAUGUAAAAUAAGUAUUUUUGUACAAUAAAUAAAUUAUAGAACAUUAACUAAAAAAUUCAUUAGGUAAACCAAAUAUAAAGUAGGUAUUCGAGUACAGAAUAAAAAAAAUGGGAUUUACUUUGCAGCUUACAACAUAAGACGUGUAUCAUUGAAAAUUAGGAAGGUAGGAUACAUGUAGGGAAAUUAAUUGAGCAAAUAUUCCAGGUUUUUUCUAAUUUUUAAGACAAGAGAAAUCAAAAAAUGACCUCUCCAAUACACCAUCUAGGCCAGUGGCGUCAAAGUCCAUGUUAAGGUCUGGCCAUGGACUGACCCUUUUUUGAAAAAUGUGGUCAGCAGGCCACAUUAUAUUUACAUUAUAAUUGUAUAUUACUAUAUUAGGGUAACUCUAUACAAUUGUAUAGUAUUAAAAUUCAAACAUUUAACAUAGAAUAAUGUGUAGUAGCAUAGCUGUUUCCUGUAAAUUCAUGCAGACUCUGAGACAACAUUCAUAGUGACAAUGAAGAAAAUGAUAGGGAAAUAGACAAUUAUAAAAACAUGACAAGUUUAAUAAACAUUUUUGAAACAAUAAUUAACGUCAACAUAAAAACAGAAUUUAAAAGCUUAUAUAAUAUAAUUAAAUUAACCUUAACACUUCCAAUAUCUAGCUAAAAGAAAUUUUUAAAAAUUGAAAAUUAUAAAAACCAGGCUAUGGUUCAACAAUGGAACAAACAAGAUUAGAAAAUUUAAUAUUUAUUUCAGGUGAACAUGAUAUAAAUAUUGAUAUUGAUAAAGUAAUUAUUAUUAUUAUACAUUUUAUACUUAAUUUUAAUAAAAAAAAUUGAUAAUCUAUAUAAUUUUAUUAAAAAUAAUGGUAUUUAUUUUCAGAUAUUGGACAUUUUUGCUGA